AAAGUUGCCAUGACAAUGAUUUUUCGAAAUGUGAACUGUAAGAUGUUUAAACAGGUUCCUGGGGAAUGAGGUUGCACAGCACCCUGUGUUCCUCCCUGGUGAUUUAUAAAAGGAAUUAUUUAGAUGCAGGAGGCCAAAAGAAAUUAACAUAGAUGUGCCAGAUGCUACAUUUUCUUAAAUUCUUGAAAUUCAUGGGAUGCUGUGGUCAAAUAGGAAGAAAUUUAAGCUAGUAUUUCCACUGUGAGAGGGGCAGACACUCCUCUGCUCCCCCUGCACGUUAAGCUGCCUGGUGGCUGUACACCCACUGGAGUGUCUGCUAAAAGAGCUGUGAAGCCAUGGAGGAGGGAAAAAGGGUGGUUGGUUGUGUGAAGAUGAGGUUUGGGAGCAGAGUAUAUAAACCCAGUGUGAAGUAGACUUUUUGGUCUCCAUCUCAACAGUAAAUGCCUAAUAAUGAUUUGGUGGAGAUAUGUUUUUGCUCUGUGUGUUUAUAUGAGUGAAAGUACCACUCCAGAGUUUCCAGUUAUUUUGAAAUGUUUGAGGCUUUUAACAACACCUUUGGUCUGAACUAGGUUUUAUGUGUCAGUCAAAUUUUCCUAAUCCACAUAUAGGAGAAAACUCACAUGGAGAUUGGCAUGUGUGACAAGAUGUUGUUUCAUGGUUGUCUUUCUAUAUUCACCCCCCUGUUUCUGCUGAAGGAAGCUCUGAACAAGCUAAUGUUUCUACUUGUUUCCUAAGAAGGAAAUCUGUAAAAGCAUUCUAUGUGGAACCCAGGGAGCCUGAAUGAAGCUGUGAAGCUAGUGGAAUGAUUCCCUGUGUAGCUGAAACUAUGUUAGCUGAGUGCUGCUAAUGGCAUGGUGAGAUGUGUUGAAGAGCAGCUGCAAGGGUGUCCAAGGGCAGGGGGACCGUGCUAGGAGCUGGGCUUGCAACAUCAUGGGCCAGUGUGUCACCAAGUGCAAGAACCCUUCUUCUACCCUUGGCAGCAAAAAUGGGGAGAGAGAAUCUGGCAGCAAGUCCCACAGCAAGAGAAGUGCAGUCCACAAGGACGACCACGGCUCAGCUUGCGGGAAGGCUUCAGGAGACAUUCUUGUGAAUGGGACAAAGAAAACAGACGCUGCUGUAGAGUCCAGCCAGCCUCCAACGUUUUCUGGAGAUACAAAGAAAGACUCUGUUUGCAGUGCAGAGGAAUCUUCUCUUCAGAGGAUUGGGGAGUUAUUCAGGAGGUAUAAGGACGAGCGGGAAGAUGCCAUACUGGAAGAAGGAAUGGAACGAUUUUGCAAUGACCUCUGUGUUGAUCCCACUGAAUUUAAAGUACUAGUUUUGGCUUGGAAAUUCCAGGCUGCUACCAUGUGCAAAUUUACAAGGAAGGAGUUUUUUGAAGGCUGCAAAGCAAUAAAUGCAGACAGCAUUGAUGGCAUUUGUGCAAGGUUCCCCAGCCUCCUAAACGAAGCCAAGCAGGAGGAUAAAUUCAAGGAUCUCUAUCGUUUCACCUUCCAGUUUGGCCUGGACUCUGAAGAAGGACAGAGGUCGCUACAUCGGGAAAUAGCCAUUGCCCUUUGGAAAUUAGUCUUCACCCAAAACAAGCCCCCUAUUUUGGACCAGUGGUUACACUUCCUAAUCAAGAACCCCUCAGGAAUCAAGGGAAUCUCCCGGGACACGUGGAACAUGUUUCUAAAUUUUACUCAGGUGAUUGGACCGGACCUUAGCAACUACAGCGAGGACGAGGCCUGGCCGAGUCUCUUCGAUACCUUUGUGGAGUGGGAAAUGGAGCGGAGGAAAAAGGAGGAGGAAACCAAAUGCAUUCUGUCCUUGGACCCAGAGGGGCCGUGUGCGGACGGACAGACCUAGCGGCGGCCAGGCAGCAGUAACAAAAGCAACUCGUUGCCCUUCACGAAAUGUAAACUCUGGAUGUUUCUGGAAGUUACCGAGGCUCCAGAUUUUUCUACUUUACACCUUUUUCUGCCUUGUCUUUGAAAGGGCUCUAAAAUGCUGUAUCAUGUUUUAGGCACUUUCUUAAUUUUGGUUAUUCCUUUUACUCUUGCCCUGAAAUAUUUGACCCUGGCUACAAGUUAAGCAUUUUUUAAUUUUAUUUUAUUUUUAAGACUUCAGAUUAGUAUAAGUAAGUCUGAUACUUCUUGCACAAUGUAGAUCUUUUUAGUUAGGUUAAAUUAACAUUGCUAAAUUAUACAGUGCCAGAUUAAGUUUUUUCAUACUACAUCUGUCAGGGCAGGUCUGUACUGUGUGUAGUGCUGUUUACAUUGUUGAAAUUUUAGGCUGUAAUAAUUUUAAGGUUUUAUACUGAGAUGAACAGCAGUGUUAACUAUAAAUGCAUUAAUCCUGGGUAAUAAGGCUCUAAAAACCAACAUAAGCAACAGCUUUUUGUAAUAUGGCUAAUUCCCAUUUUGAGCUAACUCCUAGUGAAUGAGUCCAGAUCAUUCCUUUUUUUGGACUUUCAAACUAAAUGUUGGGAUUGUUUUAUAAAAUUACUGUACCUGUCAGUCAACUGAGUGAUAGAUGAUGAUUUAUAUCUAAAUCUCUUUACACAUUCACAUAAUAAAAGAGCAGUACUACCUCAGUUUUAUUGAAAGUGGACUUGUUGAUGGACUUCCAUUUUCUCUGGAAGUUGUAUUUUUGUGGUUACAUGAGAAUAUUUUUACUUGACUAAAAGAACCAAAGGUUCUGCUUCUUAAGAUUGCUAAACAUUGAGAGAAGCAACACACAGAUCCUAAGUCUUCAAGGAAAACUGUGGUAUAAUUCUGCUUUAAUUUGUUUGAUUUAUACCUAAAGUAUUACCUUACUUGUCUGGCAAGCACAGUACUUCUAUGUAAGGAACUAUCUUUUGCAUUAAUAUUGACGAACCAAUUUUUUAAAGCAUAUGUUUAAUUGCUAAAUUGCAGUUAAUACUCCACACUUUCUGGAGCAACAAUAUCGGCAUCUGAUGACAAAGUGAAUUCUUAAUGUGUUCUUAAUGACAGCAGUGUAGAUGAGUCAUUUUUAGACUGAUUUGAUAAUAUUUGGAUAGGAGUCAAUUUAUUAUUUUACAAUGCCUGUAUUGGGACUAUUUGCCUGUUGAAAUUGUUGUGACUUAAAGGGAGUUUUAUUAACACUGGUUGAAACUUUUUUGGUUAUUGAUGCUACCUUUUUUAAUUUUAGUAUGUCAACUUUUUUACACCUUUUGGUAAAAGGAUUGAUUGCCAAGGCUUUCUGUAUAGCCAAGUGCUGGCUUAAUGAAUUUGAUACACUUCUGUUACACACCUUUUAUUUUCAGAGCUGCAUUUCAGGAUCAUAAACCAACUUCAGCUGAAAAAAAAAACCAAACAAAAGCCUAGACAGUCAUCCACAGCAUCUAAUGGCUUUUGUGAUAUAAGGGUUUUAAAACUAAAGGGAAACAGGUUUUAAGUGAUGAGCUUGUCACCAGGUCCAGGGUGUUGUGCUUUGCACAUCUGUUGUGCCCCACAGGGGUUAGCAGAGAGAAGAGUGGGAUCUACCCAAAUUCUGGGACUGGCUUUGCUGGUAUGCAGCCCUGCAAUGGCUUGGAGGUCCUAAAUCACUAACAAAAUGUGGGUAAUGCAAACUGUUUAAAAACAAACCCACAGGCCACAGAUAGCAUCUCAUUCAUCUAAUAAAAGGAGAGUUUGGUCCAUGCUGCUCUUGCUGGGAGACAGACUGUGGAAAACAAAUGUGGUUGUUUUAGAUACAGCUGAAUCUGUCCCUUUGCAGGAGAGCCCUGAAGUUGCUGUUUUAUGGGUAAAUGCACCCACAGCUUUGUCCUUGCUUCUCUAACUUUUUGUGGCACAAAAUGUUGGGCAGCAAAACCUUAUUGUGAUUUGGUGAGCAAAGCAGGCCAAAGCACUCGUGCUGGAAUUGUUGAAUUUAUGGUGAGACUUUUGCUGGUGCUGUUAUUUUUAAAAGACUAAAAUAAAUUCCCCAACAGAGGCUGCUUUGUUAGGAAAAGUUCCAAAUGGAGACUGAUUUGAUAGUAAAUGAAGACUGUAUUUGUAAGUUUGAGACUCUUCAUUCAUUCAGCUAUUAAAUGCUUUGUUCGUCACAAAUUUUUUUUUUUCCCCAAAGGAAAUUUAAAAUGUCCAGAGUGUGAAGAGUAACUAUGCAAAGGGGUAGCUCACCAGAUGGCAGCUUCUGAUUUACACCCUAGCAUGCAGCAGCCCCAGAGGAUGAGGGAUAGAGCUCUUUAAGGAAGGUAUUUAUCUUGUGGUUGGAAUGUGGACUGCAGUGAGGAAAUCAAUCUGCAGUGCAUCAGGCUCAGCCAUUUUAAGGUAUCAGAGGUAAUACAGCUGUUUUUUAAAGGCAGAGGUGAACACACAGGAAGGGAAAGUCUGGUUUCCUGUUGGGGAAAGAACAAACCAUUACCCACAUGUUCUUGUGGGGGACAGCCCUGCUCCUGUUGUGCUGCUUCCAGCCAGGCAGGAGCAGCUCCACCCACUGGGCAGGGUACUUGCAAAAAUAGCCAAAUGAUCUAUCUAGUGAAGUAUCACUUAUCUUUAGCCUAAUUUUAGUCCUUUAAUUACCAUUUACAGAAUGCAAACCAGACCUGUGUCAGUUUUGAACUCCUGAAGCAGGAGCAGCUCUUUGGCAGUGCUGGCAGUGAGUGGGGCUGUCAGACCUUCUCUUGGAUUGCCUGGUGAUUUUGUGAUCCCUAACAAGACUGCCUGGACUCUGUAAUGUUGGGGUGAGGGAAUGGGGUUUGUGUGUGUCUCUGAGAAGUCUUUAAUAAUAUUGGAGCCUCUGAAAAUAUGCUUGUUUAAUGGUUAAACUGUGAAUAUCUGUGGAACAGGCCAAAUAUAUUCACUCUUCAUUUUUAUAUAAUUUAAUUCUUCAUUGUGUAGGGCACAGGACUGUAAGUGAGCAGUGAUGCUGAUGAAAUCCUUGAAACCAUUGCAACUGUUUAAUUUUUUAAAAAAUUAGAUUAUGCAUUAGGAAACUUUAUGCAUGUAGUGAAUCUGCUGCAACUUGGGAUAAAUAACAAUAGAUAACUAUAUAGAUAGUUGGAGUAAUAUACUGGAAAACUGGUCUGAUAUCCACAGUCUGUGGCAUUUUACUGCCUUCUCUUAUAUGCAAAGAAAUACAACUCCUGUAAACUUUAGCCCCUAGUAAUAAAACACUGACCACCUACACCAUAUUAUAGCUUGCAACACCUUUAAAAUUUGGCUUCCAGAUCAACUGGAGGCUUAAUUGUGCUAAUUUUCACUUGUGUGGGUGCAUUUCUGAGGUCAAAGACUAUCUUUUAAGUAAGGAUUUGAAAGAUCCUGCCCAUAGAACAUGACUGAGGCAAUGAGUUGGAAUUGAACACCAGAUUGUGAGUUAAUUUGCUGCUGGUGCUAUUCUACAUGGAGAAUUACAGCUUUUUAGUACUGUGCAGUCCUGGUGAAAGGACCACAGGAGGAUGACCAUGGGUCUGGCAGGUGGCACAGACACAGCUGGGACUGUGAGAGCUGCUUCCCCAGGCUGGCCCAACAGAUCUCCUGGAUCAGCUCUGAACCAGGACAGUUCUCAGCCAGGCACAGUUCAGAGCAUGGGGUGAGCUCAGGCUGCUCUGCUGAGGGCUGAGUGGCUCGGGCUGGGGGUGGAGGGUGCAGGCCCUCCUCCUGAGGGCAGUGCUGGGGGGCAGCAGCAGCUCUGCUGCAUGACUUUGAUUUCACUCUGUGUGUCCAUCAGAGCCUGAAGAACCCAUGGAUCCAGGACUAGCCUGUCCCCCAUGGUUCCCAGGCCUGUGCACUGACCAGUGACCUUAGACUUUUUGUGACACUGUCAACAUGAGCCUUGUUUCCAAAAAAAGCCCAACCAAGUUAAAGAAGCACCAUGUAGUUAAUAGCCACCUCAGUUGUGGUACAGUUUGUUGGCUGAGGUUACAUCAUUCCCAUUCUUUAGUAAAUAAUAGUCAUUGUGAGUUUCUGGGUCUUGCAGCCUUGCAUUCUGCAGUGUGAUGCUUUUUUAGAAGGUCCUCAGUAAAUUUGGCACCCAGUUCUUCCCUUGAGCCCACUCUGCUCAAAGUAUGUGCAUGUGAAUUUAGCCUUUCAUAUUAAAAAGGAAGAUGCUUAACCUGAAACUCAAAAUUCUUCAGGGUAGUGCUUCAAUAUGGAGAAAAACAUAUUUUUUCAGAUAAGUAUUAAAGCAAAGUGUCUGCUUAAAUUUUGUUGUGUGCAAACAAACCCACCAGUGUUAACAUUUUCUCUCUGGUCUAUUGAAGAUCAAACCUUUGGUUUUAUAGUGUGAACUGAAGUGAAAUUCAUGAGAUUGUAAGACAGAAAGAAGGCUGUAACUCCUUCACCAUGAAGUACGUAGGUAUCUCUACCUCUUGUUCUUAGACUUGAAUAGUUUAAGGCUACCAUCCUUUUGUCCCGGGAUUUUAUGCCUGGAUGAGUAAUCUAUUUUUUUUAAUUGACCCAAGUUAAGUAUUCUCUAUUUGCCAUAGUUUUUGGUAUCCUGUGUUUAACCUGUAUGCCAAGGACCCUUUGGGAGGGGGCCGGGUCAAGCUGCAAACCAGAGUUGGUCCUCCUGGGUGCUACUUUUGGAGUGCAAUAGAGCGACUGAGCAGAGCUAUGGGCCUGUGGCUCAGGGCUUCUGUCACCACACGUCCUCUUCCCUGGUCAGGCUGCCUGUACUGACAGUGAAUUGAAGAUGGAGCAGCUGCUCCCCAAGAGGGAGCCGUCAGCCUUUUCAUUUGCCCUUGAAAAGCUUUAGGAACCCACCUGAUGCAGUGCCAUGAGUGUGUUUUUCUUUAAAUCAAAAAUACUGUGUUUUGUUCCGUGUUGGACUGGACUUGUAACCACCCAGCAAAGAUGGGAGCUGCGAAAGUGCAAAGGCUACACGCAUCCUUUUUCUCCCUGAGGUCAGGAUCCUGCUCAGGAUAAAACCCUUGUGCUUGAGUAAAGCUGGAGUGUUCUCAAGAGAACUGGAGAUGCCAGAGUGGCUUUGGUGCUCAGCUGUGUUCAUUAAUGCAUUGGGGGGUGCUCUUCUCCAUGCAACACAUCUGUGCCCUUCCUUUCCUCCCCCAAAGCAAACUGCAGCACAGUUGCUGUCACAGCAAAUCCCCCAUUGUGUGAUGCUGUGGCAGCUGCUGCUGCAGGAUCCUUCCAGUGUGAGGGCUGCUUUUGGGGUGUGACCUCUUGCACUAUCAGGAGGGGCAUCUAUUUCAAAGAGAACAGGGUGACAUGUGAGACAGUAGGUAAAAAGAGCAUGUAUGUUCUUGUCCUAACAGCUUGCCUUAAAUCACUGACAUUGCAGCAGUUCCUUGCUACUAUUGCAAUCCUCAGUCUUUGAAAAUCCAACAGGUUCUGUAGGUAAUACUGUUUUUUGUUUAAUUUUUAGUAAGUUUCUAUCUUUGCAUAAUUGCACUCUUCAGAUAAGCCCUUUUUGGAUAACGUGUCAUUUCACACACAGGGAAAAAGGUCCAUCUCCAGUGUUUGUGCUGUAAAGUGUUUCUUUUUAUGCCCUGUAAAUUAUAUCUGGACUAAAGGUUGCCUACUAUUGAAGCAGUGUGUUUACUUGAAUGUUGCCAUUUUAUGCAGUUACAGCUGCUGACUCUUGCUCUUCUCUGGGCCUGUGAGAGUGGAGAUUGUGUGACCAGAGCUGGCAAACCUGCACAGAGGAUCAGUGGAGCUGAAGGCUGGCUGCUACUCCCAUGAGUGUUACACGUUAGAGGACUUCACAGAUCAGUGCUCCGUAUUUGGAAGUUGUGACUUCUUAAGUCAUGUUAAACAAAAUUGUUUGAAAAUACAUUUGCUUUCUUAUCUGUAAGUUUGAAAUAGUCUUUUAAAAAGAGAUGGGCUGGCAGGAGGGUUGGAGGGCCUGGUGCUGUGCGUUGUUGAGUAACUCAAGUUCCAGGAGCCGUGGAUGGGCCUGGCAGGGUUCUGUCCUGAGCCAGCGCUGCUGCGGUUUGCACUGGCUGGUCUUGAGGGCAUGAAGCAACCACAAGGCCUUGAUGGGCUCUGUGGAGAAGGGUCAGCCUGGGAGCACUGGUUGGUGCAGCCUUGUUCUUUCUUGUGGAUCUUGAGGCCCCAGUUCAGCCUCAGGUCCCUCCCUGUGGAAGGAAUGUGUUUUGGUAGUGUUUGCUCCCAGAGAGGUAACUCAGUGUAACUGAGGAAGUACCGGGAGCAGGCUUUGUGUGGCUGGCUGUGAGCACAGCUCCCUGAUGGGCCUCUGGGCUCCUCAGCAAACCAGCCAGGGUGGGCAGGGUCACAUCUGAUGCUCUUUGUGCCCGGGGGUGUUUUGCCUUUUCAGACUUACCCAGGAGAUAACCCUGUAUGAGCCAGUUUUCUCACUCUGGGAAACGAUGAAUGUGCUGCAUGUCACAGAGCAGCCCUGUGGUUCCUCUUUGGGACAGCAGUAUCAGAAGUGCUGUGUAAAUGUAAUGCUUGAAAACAGCUGGAGUAAAUUCUGUUUCAUGUAGGAUCUUUAUUUCAAGGGGAUGCAGCCAAAUUUGAAACCUGAUCUAGAGGAAAAUUGGGAAAAUUCCAGGGCAAUGCAUCUACUGAAUCCCAAACUACUGAAUUUGUUUGUAGUUUUACAGUUACCUUUCUUACAUCAGAUUUUCUCACCAUUGGUGUCUGGAACAGAAUGGAAACAGCAUCUUAUGGAAUGUGCAAUCUAAGGCACAAUGCAAAUAGGGUGUGAUAAGAAGGUUGUCUUUACUUGAUAGCAAUCCUGAGUGCAAUGUUUUUGUUGUGUCCCUUUUGGAAGAAGAGCAUUAAGUACAGUCUGAGGUUUUUUUCUUCAAGCAAAGCAUUGGUUUGUCCAUUACUGACUUCUUGUGAAAUUUGUGCCAGAUGUAUAUUAAAUAUUUUGGUGCUUUUUCUAA